AAUAUUAUAAUGACUAUUAUUUCGUAAUAAAUGUACAAAAUUGAGGAUAGGCAGAGGGCGGGGCGGCCAGUGAGCAGCGUGGUGGCACAGCCGGCUAAUAAUUCCCGCACUUCCUCCUCGGGGGUGUGUUGAGCCGCCCUCAUCAGAUUGAGUGUAUUCCACAAAGUUGUGGCUGAUGUACCAUGAUGGUGGACUUGGGUGGGGGAGCCAGGGAGCGUUUCCAGAAUGUAAGUGCAGAGGAAUCUGAGGAAGCCUUGCCCCCUAUAUCUUCAGUUGGGUAUGCUCAUCCUGGGUCACGCUCUGCCUCCUGGCGGUCCACAUUCCAGGGACAGGAUACGCCUAAUCGCCUCAACUUAGUGGAAUCAGUGCCCCACAAUCUUAUUCAAGUUAAGAGUGAUCCAGAAAAUCUUAGUGGUCUGUGCAUUGGCAAUAGCAGCAGUUUGUCUGAGACUCCCGUUUCUUCUGCCGAAGCUGCCGAGGAUGCUAGAGUAAAAGGGCAGCUGCUGCAAGAAAUCACUCAUGUUGCUGAGACUUUUGAGCCAUACAGUUCAUCUUCUUUGCCUCCUGGAUGUUACAGAAAUUAUACUCUGUCUUCAGAUGCCCCAGCUCACACAGACUAUAUAUUUGCAGAUGCACCUCAUUGGUGCUGGAGCCGCAGCUCGACAGAUGACAAGAACCUCAGUGGACACAAUGGUGGCAGCUUGUUUACAGGCACUGGGCCAUCCAACGAGACUGUGAUCAAUUCCUUGCAGUACAAUGUUCCGCCACACCUCAUGUCAGAUGCCUUCUCAUCACCGCUGCCCCCAGUGUCUGUCAAUCAGUCACCCACCUCCGUCCCAACCUGCUCACCUAUUCAGAGACCACCACCACCGCCUUCUGCAUUAACCUCAUCUGCGCUAGAUCUUUCACCUGGUCCCCCAUCGACAACACAUCAGUUGCCUUCAUUGCAACCCUCACUGAUGACUCCAGCUUCAACACAUAUGACUCUUGGCUCUGCUCCUCCCUCAGCACACCAACUCCCUAACCUCCCUCCCUCUCUCAUAACCUUAGACAUACCUUCACAAGCACUCUCGGCUCAUGAUACCCUGGAUAACACGUUAGACCUGGUGGGGGUAGAAGAACCUGGGAGUCACGAGAGAGUGCCAGAGUUUGAGUGUGGAGAGUGUGGGGCUGUGUUCUCACGAUUACCUCACCUCAAGUAUCAUAUGAAGGUGCAUGGUGAAGUGGAGGAAUCUUGUGACAAACAAGAUUACACAACAGAUUCAUCAAAUUCCAAAUUUAGAGUACAAUCACCUGAAAAAGUAUUCCCUUGCAAACAUUGUGGGGAAAAGUUUUCCAGAGCUGAGAAACUCAAGACUCACGAGUUGAAGCAUUCAGGAGACCGCCCAUUCCGAUGUAACGAUUGUGGUACAGCUUUUCCUGCUAAAGCGAUGCUUAUUAGACAUAAAAAAGUUCACACGGGUGAGAAACCAUACAAAUGUGAUAUAUGCAAAACGUGCUUUACUGAGGCAGGCAGCUUGAAGGUUCACAAGCGUUUGCACAGUGGAGAAAAACCAUUUAAGUGUGAUCAGUGUGAUGUGGCAUUCAAUGGUGCAGGCAUGCUGGCUACACAUAAGAGGAAACAUACUGGGGAAAGACCCUAUAUGUGUGAUGAAUGUGGUGAGACAUUUCGGUUGUUGUCGACCUUGAAAAGUCAUAGGAGGAGACACACUGGGGAGAAACCCUUUGUGUGUGAACUGUGUGGGUCAUCUUUUACACAGAGGGCAGCUAUGCAGCGACAUAAGAGGAUCCACUCAGAUCAAAAGCCUUGGGAAUGUGAGCAGUGUGGAUAUAAAUUCAGGGAAAAGGAAAAUCUUAGAAAACACAUUGCUCUUCACAAAAUAAAAUUACAGCAUAUGUGUGACAUUUGUGGUGCUGGAUUCAAUCAGGCCAAGAAGUUAGAGACCCACAAGAUGCUUCAUAAUGGAGGGGAUCGACCCUACAAAUGCAAUAAAUGCCCGUCCACUUUCACUAAUCCUAAGUAUUUGACUCAGCACAAAAAACGUGUUCAUGAUAGGAAGGGUGCAAUAAGGUGUGAAGAAUGUAAUGGGACAUUCAAGAGGAAAGAAACACUUCGUUCUCACAUGAGGAUACACAAAGGAGAGCGCCCAUAUGUUUGUGAGGAGUGUGGGGCAGCAUUUAAUCAGCGAGGAACUCUGACUAAGCACAUUAGAGUUCAUGGUAAUCAAGUGUUAACCAAUAAUCAAGGCAACAACUUUGAAACAAAAUCUUUUGAUCAUGGACAUGCAGAUACAGAUGACCAGGCACCUGAUGGAAAGGAAGAUGAAGAGGCAGCAUUUAACUGUUCAGUUUGUAACCUUCAUUUUCCCAGUCAGAGGGAGUUAGUGCGACACAUCAGAUCAAGUCAUCCUUCUAACAAAAAUCUUCAAGAAAACACAGUAUCUGACCAAGAUGUUGAUGACAGUAGUGAACACAUUCGAGACAAAUACAUUUGUGAAGACUGUAAUCAAACUUUCUUUAGGAGGCGUCAGCUGAAAGCCCAUAAGAAGUAUUGUCCAUGUCGGUGUCCAACUUAUCAGGUUGACCCACCAGAGAAGGUGGAGGUAACAACAGUGCAAAGUGAUACAAGAGAAGUUGAUGCCAUGAAGUUGCUGACAGCUGUGCUAGCAGCAACUACUAACAGCACAGGGGAAGUUUCUGACUUUCACAGUUCAUCUUCCAGUAAUGAAAAUCCAUCCUCUGUUCCCACAAUAUCUCUGCAUUCUUCCUCACCAUCAACCAUCACUUCAAAUGUAGAGGAACACCAUGGUCGCCAGGAAUCACUUAGACUUUUUUCUGCAUGCGAUCCGUCUUAUGCAGAACAUCUACAUAUUGAUUUCAAAGACAGCCACUUAGAUCAUUCUCCACAGCAUCCAUCACACUUGCCACAGUCACCUCAGCCCCCAGACAGCAUAUUGCAUCAGACAUCUCAGGGUCAUCAUCAGUUGGAUCAUUCACAUCUCACACUAGAGCAUAUAUCCCAGGACCAUGUACAACACUCGUCUCAUAUUCAGUCUUCAGAUCAUCAUUCAAGUCACAUUCUUCUGUCACAGAGUUUUGAGCAUCUUCAUCAUUCAUCUCAGCAACCUGCCCAUCUUCAUCAGCAGCCACCACAACCUGACACUCACAUUCAUGAUCAAGUACAGGAUCACACAGAGGAGGAUCAUUUACAGUUGAUAUCAAGACAGUACACUCACCUGCAAGACCCAUUAAAGGAACACAGUCACAUUUCACCAUCUUCAAGACACCAAGACUCACCACAUCAAUCCACAAGAAUACAAAUUGUUAGUUUAAGGGAAGCCGAGGUGCCUCAGCCAUCUCAUGAUACAAAUCCUGUUCAUCAUCUCCAGCUCAAACAAAACCAUGCACAGGUACAACCUAAUAGUCAUCAGAUUGACCUCAUUGUACAAGGGCAGUUUUUCAAGACAUCACCAUCAUCAUUGUCAGGCCAACAUUUGCAUCACCACCAUCUUCCCAGUGCUGAAAACAGUGAUCAGAAUCUACAUCUUCAAGAACAUCCUAAUCACAUCCUUUCUGACAUGAAGGACUGUGAUGAACUUGAUCGUAGCUUGCAACAUCAUCAGGGACAAGAAGAAACAGAGAAUUGUCAUUGUCAUCAUCAUCAUCAUCACCAUAACCAACAGUUAUCACAGCACUUUAAUGAAAAUGAGGAACAAAAUGAGAGUGAUUCGCACUUGCACCACCACCACCACCAUCAACAGCAGCAAAACCCUUUUUGUCCUACUUUAGACUGUCCAAUUGAUAUAAAGAUAGAAAAUAUUAUAAGCUAAGUAAGGAGUAUAUAUUUUAUAUGAUUUAACUUCAAUAAGUAUGUGAUGUACCAUGCACAAGAUUAUGCUUGUAAAUAUGCUGUAUUUUCACAUGAAAUUAUCUCAGGAAGUAAAGUCUGGAAAUGCAAAUAUUUUACAGUAUACUAUUUACUGUUUUAUUAAAUUACAGUGUUGAAAAUGUCACCCAAGUUAUGGCUCAAAUUAUCUUAGCAGCUCGUAGAGAUUUAUACAAACAUAUAUAUAAUGGGGUCUGAAUGUGCUGUACUUGUAUUAGGAACAUGAUUUUUGAACAUGGAAAAUAUAGGAAAUGUGGAGUAGGAAGGGAGAAAACUUGAUAAGAGUGAUGGAGAGCAGAAAGUAGUAAUGGAACAUGAGAUACAUGAUGAGACACUGGAAAUUAUGAAGGGUUGAAUGUAUCUAGGUGCGAUUAUCUGGAACAUCUAAGAGGUAAAUAUCAAUGAAGGCUGACAGACAACAAAUGGAAGGUGGAAUGAUGUGAUGAUCCUAGUGGAGGAGCAUCAAAUUCAUUGACAAAGACAGGAUAGAGAUUAAGAACAGCUAUUGUUUAUCUCCACACAUUGGAGAGGUAAAUAAAUGGACCCAGCUGGCCACACCAGGAGGCUGCUCCAGGUGCUACACACUGACAUCCAUCACAAAAAGGCAGUGGUAGGUGCCUCUGCUACCUUCUGCUGUGUGGUUAGGCCUAGUAUUUUUAGUAAUAUUAUAAUGUAAAGUUAAUUAUCAACAGUGAUAUUAGAAUUUAUUUUUUAGAAUAUGAAACUAUAUAUUUUUAUUUUCUGUAUCAAGGAAAAUUCAUGUGAUAGUGAUGUAAUGAUCUUCAUCCAAAUACAAUCAACAGAUAAUCUUCAUCCAGACCCUACUGGCAUCAUGUCUGCUGGAACAAACUGUAUAAAGCCACAAUGUAUUUGUAUUCAGAUCUUUAAUCCUGUUAACAGUUUACAUGUUCUAUCUAAGUUGUUAGUCAUUACAUAAUUGCAUUAUUAGUGAUUACUUGGAGGAUGGUGUAGGUAAAUGCAUAUUGGAUCACUAGUAGAUAUACAGUGACAUGUAGAAAGAACAGUUUGCCAAAGAUAUAUAGAUAGUCUUCUUUUACAAUGCAUAAUGUCUUAGCUUUUGGUUAACAAUAUUUUUUUUUUUUUUUAUCAGAAAUCAAAGAUCUCAGAUCUCAGGAGGUGCAUGAUCCUCAAAUUUUCACUGUCAUAUGCCAAAAAUAGAUACCUUGUGUUACAGUAGUGCAUGCUAAAUUACAACUGUAGUAAAACUCUACAGGUGUUUUGCUGCAGUUAAUUUUUUGGCCUUCUCAUCAUAAUACAUGAGAUGCAACAGC